AUGGCUUUAGACCUCAGAAUCUCCGUCCAAGCUGAACCAUCCAGGAAGGAUCCUGGGUCAGAUAAUUCAGAGCUUAAACCCAGUCAAGGAUCUGCCGUCCAGGAGGGAGAGGCGAUCUCUGAGUUCCCGAGCACUCAGCUCAGCUUAUUUCAAAAUGGCAAUAACUCAUGUGCAAGGCAGGAACUGCAGAGACUCUAUAAAUUAUUUCACUCAUGGCUGCAGCCAGAAAAACACACCAAGGAGGAAAUCAUUUCUCGUUUAGUCCUGGAACAGUUUAUGAUCCAUGGCCACUACAGUGACAGGUCCACUUUACAAGAGAAAUGGAAUGCAAGUGGCAGAAACCUGGAGAAAUUCAUGGAAGAUCUGACUGAUGAUGACAUGAAGCCACCUGGCUUAGUCCACAUCCACAUGCAGGGGCAGGAAGCCCUCUUUUGUGAGAAUAUGCCCUUAAGAGAAGUCAUCAUUCACUUCACAAAACAGUUGUCGACAGGAACCCCAACAAGAGAGGCUAUGGAAACACCCUUCUGGACUCCUCAAGAUACUUCCCUGGAAGCAGGACAAAGAAAUGAAGAUAAAGAAAAUGGUGGCAACAUUUCUUUGAAAACUUGUCAAGUAGAUGACAGUGUUACUAGUCCAAGCAAUCAAGCACCUUUCCUACUCAUUGUCCAAGAAGAGAGCUGUGCCAGGCCUGAAGAAGGAGGUGUGUCUUUGGAGAAUCCACUCAGCUCCAGAAGAGCAGGUCCAGGCCCCUCCAGGUCCCAGGAAACAUCCCUGAAAGGACCUUCCUAUCAAGAUAUCCUUAUGGAGGUGGAACCAGAGUUUCUCUCCAAGCCGGACCAGGUCACCCUUGAGCUCAUUUCUACCCACAAGAGCACUGAGGGGAACUCUGCAUGUGGGGAACACCAAGAAAGAUUCCACGGAGCCCCAAAAGUAUACAAAUGUGAGAAGUGUCCCAAGAUCUUUAGGUAUUCCUCUCGGUUAAAAGUUCACCAGAAAAGACACAAUAACGAAAGGACAUAUAUUUGUGCCGAGUGUGGCAAAGGCUUCUUCCAGGCAUCAGACCUACGUGUGCAUCAGAGGAUUCAUGCAAAGGAGAAGCCUUUCAUGUGCAGCAGGUGCGAAAUGGCCUUCAGCCACAAAACCAACCUCCAGGCUCACGAGAGAAUCCACACGGGAGAGAAGCCCUACGUGUGUUCCCUUUGCCAGAGACGCUUCCGCCAGUCCUCCACCUACCACCGCCACCUUAGGCUUCACCAGAAACUUGCCCUCAAAAGUGCUCCCUCCGCACUAAAAGCUUCUUUGGCUGUGGCCCCAGUGUGA